AUGGAAGUGCUUCCCCUGCCGGCGUGCAUCCGCAAGCAGCUACGGUGGAAAGUGACUAGCAUCACGCCUCUACUCAUUCGUCAGACAGUUGUCCGGUCAGGUUUCCGGCUAACCCGAGAUGGGCCUUACUGGAACGGGACGUGGGGCAAACACAUCAAAUGCUUCACCUUUGCAGAGAUUAAGGGCUUCCAGAAGGUGAACCACUUUCCAGGCAGCUUCCACCUAGGGCGCAAGGACAAGUUGUGGCAGAAUGUGGUGCGGCUGGGACGUAUCCGUGGUGAAAAGGGACGCCCCUCGCUGCCAGACACCUUCCUCCUGCCCCAAGAGUUGCCCCUGCUGAGGGACGCCUGGAGCGCCGAGACUCCGGGGGACCACUGCUGGAUCAUCAAGCCGCCUGCGUCGGCAAGGGGUGCAGGUGUGCACGUGGUCCAUCGCUGGGACCAGAUACCCAAGAAGCAGCCACUGGUGGUCCAGAGGUAUGUGCGGACUCCGUACCUCAUCAAUGGGACCAAGUUUGACCUCCGCCUGUAUGCGCUAGUGACCAGCUUUGACCCCCUCAAGAUAUACCUGUUCCCUGACGGCCUGGUUCGAUUUGCUUCCAUCAAGUACUCUCAGGAGUGUGAGGACUUGAGCGACCGGUACAUGCACCUGACCAACUACAGCAUCAACAAGAAGAGUGCUACAUACACGGCCGGUGGGAGCGGGGACUGCCAGGGACACAAGUGGUCCAUCAAGGCCCUGCAGGGCUACCUAGAAGGGCUGGGCGUGGACUUUGCCAGCCUCUGGGAGCAGAUGGUUGACAUCGUAGUCAAGACGUUAGCUUGUGCGGAGGGCCCCAUGAACCGGCUGAUCCAGAGGCACACAUCUAGUCGCUACACGUGCUAUGAGCUGUUCGGCUUUGACAUCUUGCUGGACGAGCAGCUGAAGCCAUGGCUCUUGGAGGUCAACAUCUCACCUAGCUUACGAUCUGCAACACCUGUCGACUACACUGUCAAGAGUGAGGUGGUGAAGGACAUGCUAAACCUGGCAGGCUUCCAGUUGCCCCAGCAGCUCAAGGAUGACCUCGACGAGAGGCUACUAGAAUGUUACGGUCUGGAAGAGCAAGACGAUCUCUCCCUGAACCCUCUGCUGCACACAUACUCCCUCUCCCCAGCCGAGCUCCUCAAACAUAGGCACUACGAGACAAGCCUGAUGGACGUGGAGGAAGAGACAUCUGGCCUGCUGGAAAGCCUGACUCCCGACGACGUCCGGGUGUUAGUGCAGAGCGAGGAUGAGCUCUCGCGCUGUGGAUCCUUCAAGCGGGUGUUUCCAGGUGGCCGCCAUGGAGAUGUGACCCUGCUUGCCCACCGCCGCUACUACAACCUGCUGCUGGCCGCUUGGGAGAGGCGAUACGGACACCAGAGGCACAAAGGUGUGGAGUGGCUGCAACGACUCUGUGCCAAGGGCUUCCACCUAAUGUCACCAGACACGGAACGAGUACCUACAGCCGAAAGCCAGUCAUCUCCCGUUUCUGAAAAAAG